AUGACAGAAAUACCACAAAGAAGAAGCUCAAUAUCAUCAUUAUCAUCCUACAGUGAUUCCUCAAUAUCUGAAUCAUCUUCGGAGCAUUCUGAAGAACAACCGUUGGAUAGACAGCAAUUGGAAAAUAUAAUUAUGUACAAGGUCACACAUCAUCUGGAUUCUACUCAGUUACCUGGUAUUUUAGCGAUCAUAGAGCGUGAAGAAGGAGAAGAUGAUGAAGUGGAAAUCGAUUUAAGUCAAUUGGCGGUGAAUCAACUUGAACAUAUUCUAUCUUAUGUAGACACAUGCAUUCAUCAAAAUCAAAUAGCCAAGGACACAUCACACAACGAUAAUAAAGCAACCAGUCAUCGUCAUCGUCAUCGUCAUACACGUACCACACCAACAUCAUCGUUAUCAUCAAAACCCGAGACAGGGUCGUCAAGGUCAAGGGAGGGUAAUAAUCAAGUCAAAAAUAUAAGCAAGCGAAAAAGAGCAUUACAUAGGCGAAGAUUACUCGAGAAUAUGCUUGCCUCAUCUAGUGAAGCCAAUAGCAGUGAUGACGGUGAACCCAACGUCAUUGUGUUUGAUGAACUACUUGGGGAUAAAAAGCUAGUGAACCAUACUAUUGUGCAUGAGCCAAAAAAUCCAUUGAAUGUUCCAGAACGAUGCCCCGAGAGCUCGCUUGAAGAUAGCGAUGAAGUGAUUGACAUUAUGCUGUAA